AACCAAGGAGAGAAAGUACUGAAGCUCCGAGUGGACCAGCUGCAACGGUGGCGUCAGCUGGAAGGCGUCCUGGAGGAGCACACAAAACUCCAAGGAAGGAGUAGAAUAAGUAGCAGUCAGAGGUAUCCCUAAGGGGUAGCGACUGGGUUUAACAUGGAUCGCUGAAGGCACCUCCUUCUCCAAUGAUCUGCGUGGUCAGGGGGACUCGGCGUGUCUGACCAUCCUCUAGGACACAGAUUCACAGAAUUCACACCAGGGACUGCCACUGACAGAGAUUCUGGAGAUGGCAAAAACGUAUGCGAAACCCAAGGAAAUGGUGGAGCUGGUCAACAUACCAUCCUGGAUGGACAAAGGUCUGGGCUCUCAGAAUGAGAUGAAGGAAGAGGAAAGAAAACCAGAUGCUUAUGGAAUACUUGGCAGCUUAGCUGAAGAGCAUGACAGUAUUGAGGAGGAAGAGGAGGAAGAGGAUGGGGAGAAGCCUAAGAGAAGAGGUCCUAAGAAAAAGAAGAUGACCAAAGCUCGACUUGAGAGAUUCAGGGCUCGAAGAGUCAAAGCCAAUGCCAGAGAAAGGACCCGGAUGCAUGGCCUGAAUGAUGCACUGGAUAACCUGAGGAGAGUCAUGCCCUGUUACUCUAAAACCCAAAAGCUUUCCAAGAUAGAGACUCUUAGACUGGCCAGGAACUAUAUUUGGGCUUUGUCUGAGGUCCUGGAGACUGGUCAGACACCCGAAGGGAAGGGCUUUGUGGAGAUGCUCUGUAAAGGGCUCUCUCAGCCCACAAGCAACCUGGUGGCCGGAUGCCUCCAGCUGGGUCCUCAGUCUGCCCUCCUGGAGAAGCUUGAGGAGAAAUCUCCUAUACGUGACUCUGCUAUCUCUGUCCAGAACUUCAACUAUCAGUCUCCAGGGCUCCCCAGUCCUCCUUAUGGCCAUAUGGAAACACAUCUCAUUCAUCUCAAGUCCCCAGUAUUCAAGAGUUUGGGAGAGUCAUCCUUUGGGAGCCGUCAACCUGACUGCAGCACACCCCCUUAUGAGGGCCCACUCACUCCCCCUCUGAGCAUCAGUGGGAACUUCUCCUUGAAGCAAGAUGGCUCUCCUGACCUGGAGAAAUCCUACAGCUUCAUGCCACACUAUCCCUCUGCAAGUUUAAGCUCAGGGCAUGUUCAUUCAACUCCGUUUCAGGCUGCCACCACCUGCUAUGAUGUUCCCAUAGACAUGUCCUAUGAUUCCUACCCCCACCCUGGCAUUGGGGCCCAACUCAAUACCAUUUUCACUGAUUAA